AUGUCCUUUGGGUUCGGCAUAGGGGACAUCGCCAAGGCGCUGGAGGUCAGCAAGUGGAUAUGGGACACUUGCUUCCAGAAGAACAACGCUGCUGACCAGCAAUACGCGGCCCUCGGCGCCGACGUCGAACGGCUCCGCUCGACACUCAAUGAGCUCCAAUCCGUCGUCGUACAUGCUCGCGCCGAGCUCGAGCCCUUCGAAGAUGACACGCGAGACAUCGGUGGUGACUUCGUCAAGACACUGGAGGACUGUCGCUCUUUUCUCAGGGGCCAUGUGGAAGUGACGAAAAACCGCGCCGGCAUCAUCCAGAACAUCAAGUGGAACCUCUUCACGGGCACAGAGCUGACAGAACUCCGCAGCCGGCUGCAAUUCCACACCCAGGCUUUGACUCUUGUCACCGCGCCGGAGGGUCUGAGGCUCCUGAUCUACAUCACCCAACAGGUCGCUGAGCUGAACGACAAGAUCAGCUCGUCAACGACGGAUGUGCCAGAGCCGCCGGACAACUGCAUCUCAGAAUGGCUGAGCGGUGUUUUCCGGGAGAAUGCCUUCCGCGCGCCGCCCGUCACGUUCGCCGCUCUCGGUGACAUUCCAUUUCGACAAGGCUGCAUCGCCCUUCGCCAGCACUGCACCCAUCUCCCGCCCGAGAAUAGAGCAGGUGCCACACCGAAAGAGUACCUCGGCCUCCUCAAGUGCCUUUGGCUGAUCAGAGUCCUCCAAGCCGGAAGGGAUAUCAGGAGGUGGCGUAGAGGCUCCCCGUUUCGAAUCUUCAUCCUGAACGUCAGGAAAAGCCCUACCGAGAUGCGCUUGGUGCGCAUGGCCGACUCCAACGGCGAGAGAAACGUGUCGUGCGUCCGUGGCGAACAGCCGUUCAACACAGAAACCGACAAAUUCUUACCGCUGUACACGGUGGGCGGCCCCAAUGACCCCUUGGCGGUCGAGACAUACCGGCAGAACGACUCGAAUCCCGAAAGAUACGAGUUGGCGGACGAAACCGCGGUUUGGGCACUCCAGCGUAUACUUAGCGGCUUCUUGGUGUGCGCCGAGGAGCCGGGCGUGGUAUGCAGGCUCUUGCGGGCUGCAGGAAUUAGCAGCCUUAACCUCCUCGCAGACGCGAGGACGGACAAAAUGGAAGGGCUGGUCCAGGUCUGGCAUUUUGAUCCUCUCGUCAUUGAACUCCCGCUUGAUUCGCCCAUCGAGCCUUCUGCUCGCUCCAUGUCGGUGGCGACAGUGGCGCAGGCCUCGUACUCCUCGCUGGCGACUCAAGCCAAGUCGAUAUCUCCACGGCCGUCAACGUCUAGGAGCAUCGGCGCCGUAAGCAUCGCUUCGUCUCAGGCAACGGCGGUGGAGAGGGAGCACCGUCAUGGGUCACUCACAGAGCUUCAGCCUCCUAUUCGGCCUGCCGUCAUCCUCUUUGACCGUUUAGGCUGGACACACACCUACCUUCAUCUUGAGAUUGGCACGGACGUGUUCGUCAACGAAGCGGCCUGCCAGUGCGCAGCCACAAACGGUAAAUGCAAAACUUUGGUCAUCACGCCGCGGCCCAGCUUGAGUCGCUUCACGGUUCGACGCCUCUCGGUGGCGGGCGGAUCGUCGCUGAAGAAAUGGAACCUUCUCCUGUUUGGAACGCCAGGUCUGCGCGGCAAGCCCCACGACUGGGAAGUCGUCGAGACGCUCGAGUGCAAGUACCUCGGUCUGACCUUUCCAAAGGUCGAGGAUCGUGUCGAUUUUGCAGAACGGCUGUCCGUAUAUACUCGGAUCUACCUGGGUGCCGAGAAAGAAUACACGACAAAGAAGGACCGAGCGAAACGUGAUGCUGACCGGCCGCAGCGCAAAAUCGUCAAGAACACCAGGGGCUCCAUGUAUAGCCUGUCGACCAUGUCUUCGAGAUCGACGAAUGCCAGCCUCGGCGUCUUGCCUCAUUAA